GUUCUCCGUCAUUAGCGAAUUCUGCCGAAUCGUCACUCAGUCGUUUCCCAGAAAGGCGACGAGGCAGCUACCGACUCCAAGUGCACGCCUGAAGGAUCCUCUCCGUGCGGUAAUGUUUUGUUUGGCAAAUGCACGUUCUUCCCAUCCGCUGACAGCAGUGAGACGCGCAGCGUUUCACAGCGGAAGCCAGGAGAACACGAUUCGAUUUCUGUUGCCACCGAAACGACUGAUCACAAUGAAGCUCACCGGAGCCCUGAUUGUCUUGUGCAUCGCGCAAGCCAUCGUCGUCCACGCAACGUUGAGCGGAAUCUUGGCGCCCUUCCGUCACUUACUGGGCUGGGGGAAGUCGGCGAAUCAAACAAAGACGAAUCGACUUGGGGAAAAGAGUCCAGACACCGUCACCUUUCGACCCUCGGUCGAUGGACUUGAAUCGAUCGGGACAAAGAAGCUGAUAGGGGACAAAACAGUCUUCGUCGGAGAAGAUGCACAAGGACAUCCGAUGUUGCUGCUUGAAGACUUCAAGACAACUAUGACGACAGAAUCACCGAAAGUGUCGUUGCUAGUAAGCUCACCGAGCCUCACAACAUCCACAUCGGAAUUUACGACUUCAAGUGCGGCACCUUCCGGCCAUUCGACUUCUGUGGAGCCUACGACCGACCACACGAUUUCCGACGGCAGUGUCGCCGCGCCAAGCACUGAAGCCAAUCGUUUCCAUCUGAUCGAUCUCAAGAUUCCUGGCGGUGAGGAUCCCGACAGCGAAAUUCUGCCGGAUGUGGCCGAUUUCAAGCCGCUCGAUUCGAAGGAUAUCGAGACAAAAGUCAUAGAUGCCGAGUCUCAAAAAACAGACCACCGAAUCGCAUUCUCUUCCACACCGACACCUACGGACGGAACCACGGCUUCGACUUCAAUGGCUCCAGCGAAAACAACAGCGUCGACAAGCGAAAUCGUGGUUACAGCCGGGUCCCCUGAGACAGUUCCCAUCUCAAGGACAUCGACGGAAGAACGAACACGACAAUCUGAUCGAUUUGUUCAAAGUAUUCACAUCCCUGAAAAAAGCGUAGUGGUUCAAGACGUGAACGAUCUCUUCCAAUCUGAAGACUGAGAAAUCACUCCGGCGAGUGCAUUUGUACACUGUCGGACCGUUUUACUUCUUUUCAUUUCUCAUCUGUUGUAGAUGACGUUCGCAAGGUCUCGACGUCGCAUCGGACGGAUUCAUUGUAUUUGUAUAUCUAUCGGGUGAAGUCCCGAAAUCUGCAUCAUUCCACCGAUCAUAACCCCAACCCGUAUGACGUGUAUAUAUGGAGAAACAAAACCCUAUACAUAUACUCGGAGCCCGAAGAGCAGCUAGCACAUCUAUAUCGAGUUGUCGUGCCAUAAAUCAAGAUCCGCUUUGAUUUGCUGAUAUACCUAUUGAAUACUGAUAGGCAUAGGUCGUGUCACAGUUCCCCUAAUAAAACGAAUUCGUAUUCUCAUACGACGAAAA